AAAAAGGAGAUAACAAGUAAUCACUACCACCUGGUUACAGCCUCAAACUCAGACGAGGAAUGGUUGUGUGUGCCCCUGGUAUGUUUUGAGCAAUUAGCUUGAAAAUGAGCAGAACAUGAUAAAAAUGCAACUCAUCAGCCAGAAACCUACAAGGGACAUUUCAGGGCUUUUAUUCACACAUUGACUUUUUAGAUUUUACCUUCUACGCCCAUAAAAACAAACGUCUAUCUUAAUAACGUAGUUUUAAAUUCUGUACUUCUAUGGUUUGAUUCAAAGAAAACUGACAAGAACGAAUGUUGAGUCGAUAGGGGUUAAGUGUAGGGCAGCCAUGGAGAACCAAAUCUUCAAAAUUUUAUUCAAACUGUUAUCCUUUUGCCAAUUAGAAAUUAGAUUACUGUAGUUUUUUAGGGAAAAAUGCUGUGCUAAAAUUUAUGGAAGGCGACGUAUGAAAGUUGCAAUAUGGAGUAGGUAAAUGAUAAUUAGAUCGCCAUAUCAAAUGCAAGGAUUGGAAGGUUACACUCAUUUUUUAUAAGAAACUCGCUAUAAGAAACGAGUACUGGGCAAUCUGAAAAAUUAAGUACUCGAUGCAAAAAGUUACAGAACUCAGUAAUUUUGUGAAAUUCUAUCAUCGUGAUUGGCUGGUUGACAUAAACGUUGAGACUGAAAAUACACUUCCCUCAUCUAAGUGCAGUAUUAAAAUGGAAGCGAAUCUCUUUACUGAAAUGUCAUGAACAUUUGAAAACAGAAACAUUUACGAUUUCCAGCGACGAAAAUCCUUCAAACAAAUUUCUGUUGGGAAACUAUUUAUCGUGAAAAAUUGAAAAUUGGAUGCCAAUGUUGAAAAUAAUGACCGUCAAGUUUAAGAAACUCUUAAGAAACAACGAGUAUUGAAAUUUCUACAGCGUUAAGAAACUUGGAUACUCAACUUCGACCUUUUUAUAUAUAAAAAAAUGAGUGUGUUCUUAAUUGAAUAUAAGAUGAAGAAUGCCACCAUCUAAGCACUAAAAGCAACUUGAAAAAAAUAUUCUUUCUGCAUUCUUCACUCCUCUUUGAAGCUAAGAUUCUUUUCUUUUCUCGGGGGAAUUUUCCCAAAAACAGCCAUGCCUUGUAGACAAUGAUUUAAAAUUGUGGAUUGCAAUGAAAAUCAAGAUACAAUACUAGCACAACUCCUUGAACACUUAGUUCAAUUUCAAAUUCGAAUUCAGCCAUCCUAUUUUCCUCUUCAAGCGAUGUUGGCUUACUCCAAAAUGACGGAGAAAGUUACGAAGCUGGCUUGAGUAUGAUAUUUUGUUUAAUCAUAAACGGUCCUCUUGGGAGAAUGGGUAGCGAAAUUGGUAGUGAUCGGGGAAAGUGAAGGAGAUAGUUAGUAACAAUUUGAAGCUGAUGGAUGUAGGCCGUGCUGUGCCAUAUUGGAGUACCAGUAUUUGAGCAUUAACCUGAUGAAUACCCAGGGCCGCCGGGAGGUUUUGGGGGAUCUUGGGCAAAACUGAAGACGAAGAUCACAUCCUUUAGAUUAGCUUGAAAUACAUUUCUGAAUAUUUUUUGCUGCAGUGGUUUAACUGUUAAGGCAUGUUUUUGCUAUGAUUGAUUCGUUCCACUCUUAACAUCUAAUUCAUUACUUUAUGUGGCCCCCUUGACUUCGGGGCCUUCGGGCAAUUCAUACCACCCCCCUCUCGGCAGCCCAGAAAUAUCUACUGAACAGGAUACCUUUUCCAUCCCAAUAUAACAGAUGUAAAUUGUAGUUUGCAAUCUUGCACACAUAUUCGAUAUACCUUGUCAGCAGUGUCGAGAAUUUUAGGGAUAGGGGACAAAUGUCUGGAAAAUUUAAUAUUUUGGGAUAAUAGUUGCAGAAGAAAGCAGGCUAUAGCAACUUUUUCGGAAAAAUUCCCCCCACCACAUAGAUCGAUUUCAGCCACUACUUGGUAAUCGUCAAUUGAUUUAAUAUUAAUGCAAUUUCGAGAAUAGAUAUAUUAGAAGACCCGAUAUUCAUAAGAAUUCUUGUUUGUCUGAUUGCUUAAUAGUAGUAACUUUCAAAAAUUCUUACGGGAAAUAUUCCUGAACUCAGUAAACAAAAAUUCUUGAGAAGUUUGAGAGAAGACGUUGAAAUGGAGCCAUCUGCUUGAUUAAGCAAACUUAACUGUUUUAUUUUGGAUAGAUUGGCGUGUUGACUGGAGAAUUUAAUUUUUAUGCAUUUGGAGCCAGGAGAAUCAUAACAUUUAUUUUACAUUUCCUUUCCCAUUAACGCUAUCAAAUAAUAAGCAAAGAUCAAGAUAUAUUGAAUGCAAUUCAUCAGUAAAAGCUUGAAUUGUUCAAUCCGGAGAGAAAAAUUUCAACUAAUUCCUGUUCCUUUUUAUUGUAACUUGUACGAGAAUAUUGAAUGCAGGCAUAAAUGUAUGCUUAAUUGCUUUCUUGAAGUAAGGAAAUAUUUGCUGGGGAUGUAAUUAAAAUGUUCUUGUUUUGAUGGCCAGUUUAAAUGCAAAGUCUUCUGUUUAACAGCGUGAUAAUUUCCCAUUCUUUAUGUUUUUAUGAUUUGAGAUUUCUGGUACAAAACUUUUAAGACUGAAUAGGAGCGAAAACAAUUUAUUUUCCUAGAUUCGUUUUUUCCUAUUUUCUUUUGAAAUAGAACAAAACAUUAGUUUUCAAACUGUUGUAAGAACUAAAACUUUGAGAUAAGUGCUCUGCAUUAUAGGUCAGCCACAAAAAUAUCAUUUUUGUGGAGCAUGUGACACAGGAAUCGUUUCCCUCUGCUUCGCAGCUUCUGAAGCAUUUAGCUGUUGGAGUUUGUUUUUAUUCAAGAUCUUGAUGACCUAUGUUGAAUUGGGGACAGGGAAGGUGAAAUUACGGAAAUAUGUUGAAAACAUUGAGUAGAAGUGAUUAAUUGCAGUUUUCUGUUAAUUUUCCAUGGAAUUAUUUAUUUUAUCGAUAUUUGUAUUUCUUGAAGCGCUGUUUUAAAAAAACUCGCCUUUAAGGUCCUGUGAAAACAGCAGGAUAAGAGAAAAUUGAUAUCUUUAUAUAUAUUAGAAGGCCUUAAGACUUUUAACUGCAUUUUACGGUCAAUUACAACGUGUUUGCUAGAUUUGAACAUUGUUUGUUUCGCCCAUUAUAUUUUUUCAUUUUUCAUUGCUACAGUUCCAUUGAUUUUUUUCCUGCAACUUGAAAACAUUUUCUCCGUAUAAUGAAAUCUAAGACCCUUUUUAAUUUGCUGCCUGCUUAUUUUAGGUUUUUUGAAAAGCAUCUGAUUUACAAACAUAAAUCGAACUAAAAUCGAACUAAGCCCUCGCAAACAAAUAGUUUUAUUUGUGACUAUAUUGGUGUGUCACGGUUCAUUCUCUUUUUCAAUAUACGUUUUCCUUUUUGUAACUUAUAAGUUUAUUCUUGUAAAGGGCCUCUACUGCAGUUUACAUUGUAAAUUUAUACAUGUGUUAGUAUGUUGUGUUCCUCACACAACAGCCGGUACUAGUCAGCUUAUGCGGCAACUCUAGAACAGGUAGUCAUUUAACAGUAAUCUUUGCAUAUAUUUCUAUCGAUUUAUGGUAAAGGAGCCCCUAUGCAGAUCUGUAAUGUUUUCUUCCCUGAAAUGAGAUUCGAAAACAAAUCAUCGAAACCAAAGUUUCAACUAACAAAUGGCUGUUUCGUCUUAUAAGAGCAUAGUAUUCUUAUAUGAACUUUUUUGGUUCUAAAUGCUAUAGGUUUGUUACAGAAAGUUCAUUUUAGAAUUGGAAUGGAUAUAGUAUAUGUAUUAUGCAUAAAGUUUAUUGUUGACAUAUUAAUUGCUAAGUUUAUUGUCUCUGCUAAGGACGAGAAAUUCUUGGCUUGUCUUCUACUGGGAAUGCAAAGGUCACAUGUUGUCUGGUAUUGUGAGGUGUCACCUAUGGGAACGCUUAAAAAACUGGGGAAAUUGUCAAAAUGAUUUUCAAAUAGAAGUUUAACUUAAAAAUCGUAUAAGAUUACAAAUUUUGAAUGGAAAUGACUUUUUAUACCUUCAAGGUUUUGAGUAGAUUGGUUGUGCGUUGUUUUAAUGGCAAGACACAGUAGUUUGGUUGACCCCUUGUUCUAGUGCACCGAGUAAAGCUGUUUGAGGAUAUGAGUUUCAUAGAAUAAACCGCAACAUUGUAAGGAUAAACAAAUCACAAACGAUCAAAGCGAUGGGCAGCUCUGAUUCGAUGCUAGGUUAGUUGUCUUGCUAUCGCUGACCCAAGGAAAGGAGGUGGCAUGCCGUGCUCCUGUUGCGACCGAAAGAACGUAUAAAACAGAAUCAUCCCGAUUUCUGGCUUUGCUUGUCAGCGUUGCAGUCGUUAAAUGCCGGACGUUUGAACAGGUUGCCUGUGAGCAUUUCUUUGAUGUUGUGCUGUGUCUCAUCGUUUGAAAAAAGCAAUGGCAUUGGACACGACUGCUCUGACAAUCGCCACCACGCUCUCUGGUUUGACUACCAAUAAUUCAACUUUCUUUUUCAACAACAGCGAUGUCAAUAUUGGCAAAUCAAAAAGAUGGAACCAUACGCAUGAAAUGUGCAUCCCUCUUGCCAUCCACCAAUUUCCAAAGGAUAUCAUUGGGCAAGAGAACCGUCAGAGAGGCGGCGUGUUGAUACACCUUUUUGCCGCCUUAUACAUUUUCGGAAGUCUUGCUUACCUAUGUGAUUGCUACUUUGUCCCUGCACUGGAAGUCUUGACUGAUCGUCUUAAGAUACAGCCUGAGGUUGCUGGUGCAACGUUUAUGGCCAUUGGAAGCUCUUCUCCGGAACUUUUUACUUCUCUUAUUGGGGUAUACGUAGCCGAGGACGAUGUUGGGGUUGGGACAAUAAUAGGCUCGGCGGUGUUCAAUAUUCUGUUUGUCAUUGGCUGUUGUAUUAUCGUUUCGCCAAAUGUUCUGUGCAUUGAAGUCUAUCCAAUCGUCCGUGAUGCUGCUUUCUACACGCUUUCCCUCAUCCCAUUGGCUGCUAUUUGCAUGGACGGUGAAGUCGAUUGGUACGAUGCAGUUUCUCUUGUCCUCCUUUAUGGCUUGUAUAUCUUCAUGAUGUACCACAGCGUCGCUUUGGAGAAGUUGUUCUACAAUAUCUUCCCAAUGGCGAAGCCUGAAGAAAAACCGAAGGAAACAACGCCUUUUUUGCAUAACAAUGGUGAGCAGAAACUCGAUGCAGCCCAAGCCAAAGCAAUUGAGGCAGGAAACGGGCAUGUUCACAAGGACAGUAGCAAUGGAGAUGUUAAAUUUCUUGUUAAUGGUGAACAUUUGGAAAUAAAAGUUACUGACGCAUCAUGCGAAGAGUACCAACAUGAUGAUGAUGGAUCUUUCUUCGAUGAUUUGUAUCCUCCAUCUGGUAAAAUGAAGAAAGCAAUGUGGUUGAUGGGUUUCCCGAUCAUUUUCUUGUUUUGGCUGACUAUUCCAGAUGCAAGCAAACCAAGAUGGCGCCGUUGGUUCCCAAUGACCUUCCUUGUCUCCCUUGUGUACAUCGCCUCGUUCUCCUACGUGCUAGUCUACAUGGUCACAAUCAUCGGCUACACAUUUGGUGUUCCAGAUAUCGUUAUGGGCUUGGUAUUUAUUGCCUGCGGUGCAAGCGUUCCUGAUGCCCUUGCAAGCAUCAUCGUCGCCAGGCAUGGUCAAGGCAGGAUGUCAAUCUCAAAUUGCAUCGGCAGCAACGUUUUCGACAUUCUGCUAGGCCUAGGGUUGCCAUGGAUGAUGAGGACCCUUGUCACCCACUAUGGCCAUGCAGUUCCAAUAAUGAGCGGCAGCAUUAAGUUUACAGUGUUCAUUCUGAUUGGCAGCGUUGUUGCAAUGCUGUUCACGUUUUGGAUCAGUCGAUGGAAACUGCGCUGGCCCGCCGGCCUAAUGCUGAUUGUGACCUACCUUGGCUUUAUAAGUAUAUCUUGUUUGUUUGAAAUGAAUGUUUUUGGGCGCUAUAAUCUGCCUCAGUGUGAGUAGCCUGCAACAAAAAUUGCUUAGCUAUCUUGGGACUUCUCUGCCUUCAUUGUUAGAUCUACCAUCAUGCGUGAAAGUCUUUGAGGAUAUAUUUACUUAUUGCCUGCCCAAGUAUUUCUAGUUUUUCUGUCUUUACAGUCCAUAUAAGCACCUUCUCUGAUAUUGAAAGCCCAUUCAUUUAUAAUUAAAAAAAACCCGCCAUUAUACUUCCAUUUAAGAAUUCCCUAGGUCUUUCAAGAGAAUCUCUCCUUGCUUAUGAUGAAUUAAAAAUUUGCCUUAAGCUUUCAUAUUUUUUGUUGUUUAUAAUAGAGAACUGAGUUGUUUGCAAUCUUUUAUUGUAAUUUAAUUUCUAACUUUUAGCAAGUUUAAAGUAAUAGAGUACAAUUAAACAUUUUUUCUCGUUUUGCGUCAAUUUCCACUCUAUUUCAUACUACAUUCCUUUUUUACGUCAUAACUAUUGUCCAGUCCCCUCAACCUGUUAGCCACUUUGAAAUUUUAUAUCUGGAACUGUGUGAUUUUUUCAAUUCAACCGAUAGCUGCAAAGGAUAAAAAUUUCAACCGAUAAAAAUUUGCCUUAUAUAUAGGGAAUAGGUAUUACUUCACUUGGUGCAGGCUUAUACAAUCCACCUGAUUCAAUUUCCUAUUACUGCUAAUAUCUUUUUCACAACAAAUGUAUAUUCGAGUACGUUGAGUUCAUUUAAGCUAAGAUGUCAAAUCCAAAAAUUCAGUCUCUACCUAACACAAUGUGCGAUUAUUCUUCAGUUCUUUUUCUUGAAUUUACAAAUUUACGAUUUGUUUGUUAUCACAUUUGAUUGGUUGUUCGUUACCUGAAUCAACAAGCAGAAGCACAUCGAGAAGAAAGUUCCAAAUAAAUUUUUGAAUAAUCGCAUAUCUGUUAGAGCUGAUGCUUGAUUGCAGUAUUUGUUUGCUAUGUAAUUAUUUCAUUGUUUAAUAGUUUAUUGAUUUUAGGAUUAAUAAAUAAUAGGCUUAGCUGCUUUACUUGUUAACAUGUGUUGCAACCCAAAACAAAAAUCUUUUAGAUAUUUUCUUGUCUCAUGACCUCU